AUGCGGAGAGCCCCGGUGCCCGGGCUGCUGCUCCUGGGGCUGCUGCUCCUGGACCGGGGCGGCACGACGCAGUACUCGAGCGACCUGUGCAACUGGAGGGGGAGCUUGGGGCAAUCGAGCCUCGCAUACCCUGGGGCCAUCAGUGGAUUAACGCACGAAUCUCACAAAAAAGAUGUGGAACAGGUCUACCUCCGCUGUUCUGAAGGAUCCAUAGAAUGGAUGUAUCCCACAGGAGCACUGAUAAUCAACUUGCGACCAAAUCUUUUCCCUUCCUCUUCCAAACAUUGGACUGUUUGCAUAAAGCCCCUUAAAGACUCUGCAGGAGCAAAUAUUUAUUUGGAAAAAACUGGAGAACUGAAAUUGCUGUUCCGGGAUGGAGACCAUAGCCCCACAAGAGUGCAUUGCUUCAGCUUUGAACAGGGGGGACUCUUUGUUGAGGCUACCCCUCAGCAGGACAUUAGUCGGAAGAUUACGGGCUUCCAGUAUGAACUGAUAAACAAGGGGACAGCAUCAGAUUUGCACAUGGUUUAUGCUCCCUGCCGACCUUGCAGUGACACAGAGGUGCUCCUGGCUGUCUGCACGAGUGACUUUGUUGUCAGAGGUACCAUCCAUAAUGUAAUUAAUGAGGAAAAAGAGCAAGAUUCUGUAAUCGAUGUGAGCGUGAACAGAAUCUACAGGCAGAAGACAAAGAUCUUCAAACCUGCAGAGGAAACUGGUAUCUGGGAAGGACAGAUUAAGACCCUGCUGCAAUGUGGGGUGAAACCAGGAGAAGGAGACUUCCUCUUCACAGGCCGCAUGCACUUUGGGGAGGCCAGGUUAGGCUGUGCCCCUCGUUUCAAGGACUUCCAAAGGAUGUACAAAGAGGCCAAGGACAAAGGGCUAAAUCCAUGUGAAAUUGGCCCAGACUGAUAUGGCAUUUUUCACCUGUAGGUUACUCCUUGGCCAGAACUAAUUCUUAGUUGCUGCAGAUGCGCUGACCUAAAUGGGGACUAAUAACAGAGUGGUGGAACAAUCUGAUGUCCAGAAUGAAAUGAUCUCCUUUAUGGGAGUUCUUAAAAGAAGACUGGAUGGGCAUCUUAUCAGGGAAAGUUUAAGUCGACGACUUUCUGCUUCUGGAGGCUGGACUUUUUUUUUAACCUUUGAGGUACUUUCCAACUCUUAAGAUAUUAUGAAUACAAGAACCACACAAGCCAACCCUUCUGGCCGAUGAUACUGUUAUGCUAAUACGAGUGACUGAGGUACGAAUUCAAAGGAUCCAAGGCUUGAAUGCAAUCCCACAUCUUGUCCAUAUGAACGAAAUCAUCUUUGCAGCUUCUUUAGGGAGAGAAAGCAAACGAAGAAACGAAACAACCUCCAUGUCUUAAAAAUACCAAUUGACCGA